AUGGCACUACCAUCAAAGCUGUUGCUUGCGCUUCCUGCUUCUAGCAGAUGCAUAUCACCUAUUGCCUACAGGUCUUUACUAAGAAGUCCCCAUCUUUAUAGAUCUAUCUUGAAAUCGCAAAUCAGUUUGGGAAACAGGAGAUUAUAUGCCACUACUCCUCCAUCAACACAAGACUUGGCAGCUUUAGAGAGGGACGCCAAUGAUAAUUUGCAGAACCCGGCUCUGCAAUCUGCAUUUUACAGGUCUCUUUUAGACGCAUCUUAUCCACAUAUUGUUGUUUCUAGAUACGAAACUCCAGGGAUAUCCACCGAUAACGACUGUGCUAGUCUCUAUUUGGAGGCUUUGUUGAGGAUGGGCAACAAGGAAAAGGCCGAGUCUGUUGCAAAGUCUUUGAACAUACCAUUACCUGAUUUGAACAAAUCCCAACCUAAUGCAAACGGUGGUGAAAAUGCAAAUAUUAAUAACCCAUUCACCCAAACGGGCACGAAAGCUCAGCCAAUACAUGUCAUUGUGACAGAAACAUAUUGGAUGUCCAUCUCUAAAUGGAUCAAAUGGUUAAUUCCACUUGGUUUAGUCUCUUAUGCUGCCUAUUACGGCUUCAAUGUCUUAUUAGAAAAUGGCUCUAUUGUUAAAGGUGCAUCCGGUGAUGAUAAGUCGGUCGAAGUUACUGAUUCCGAUGUUCGGUUUAGUGACUGUAAAGGUGUCGACGAAGCAAAGGCUGAACUUGAAGAAGUUGUUGAUUUCCUAAAAGACCCAUCCAAGUAUGUCAGUUUAGGUGCCGAGUUACCAAAGGGUGUCCUUCUUACUGGUCCACCCGGUACUGGUAAAACAUUGUUAGCUAGAGCUACGGCUGGUGAGGCUGGUGUCCCAUUCUUCUUUAUGUCUGGUUCUGAAUUCGAUGAAUUAUACGUUGGCGUGGGUGCUAAAAGAGUCAGAGAAUUGUUUCAGAAGGCCAGAGCAAGAGCUCCUGCCAUUGUUUUCAUUGAUGAAUUAGAUGCUAUUGGAGGUAAGAGGAAAUCAAAAGACCAAGCUUAUGCUAAACAAACCUUAAAUCAAUUGCUAGUGGAAUUGGACGGAUUUUCUCAAUCCGAAGGCAUCAUUAUUUUAGGUGCAACUAAUUUCCCAGAUUCUUUAGAUAAAGCAUUGACUAGACCUGGUAGAUUUGAUAAACUGGUUCCAGUCGAACUACCUGAUGUUCGUGGUAGAAUUGAAAUUUUGAAGCAUCACUUAAAAAAAAUAUCUCUUUCUAAGGAUGUUGAUCCUUCUGUUAUUGCAAGACAAACCACUGGUAUGUCGGGUGCAGCUUUAAAGAACUUGGUGAAUCAAGCUGCGCUUCAUGCUGCCCAGAAUAAUGCAUUAAGCGUUAACAUGAGCGAUUUAGAAUGGGCAAAGGAUAAGGUAUUGAUGGGUGGUGAAAGGAAAACAAUGGUUAUGACAGAAGAAACCCGCCGGAAUACCGCCUAUCAUGAGGCUGGCCAUGCUAUAGCUGCAAUGUUUACUCCAGGGGCCACUCCUCUUUAUAAGGCAACUAUUCUACCUAGGGGUAGGGCUUUAGGUGUUACUUUCCAAUUACCAGAAAUGGACAAGCAUGACAUCACUAAACAAGAAUGCUUUGCUAGACUGGAUGUUUGUAUGGGUGGUAAAAUCGCCGAAGAAAUGUUGUAUGGACCAAACAAUGUUACAUCGGGUUGUUCUUCCGACUUAUCAAGUGCAACUGGUAUGGCAAGAGCAAUGGUUACCUCCUAUGGUAUGAGCGAUAAAGUUGGACCUGUUAAGUUGUCCGAUAAAUGGGAAACAUGGUCAGGAAAAUUAAGAGACUUGGCUGAUGAAGAAACUAGAGAUUACUUGGUUGAAUCCGAAAAGCGUUGCAGAAACCUGUUGCAAAGCAAACGGAUGGAACUAAAGAGAUUGGCUGAGGGUUUAUUAGAAUAUGAAACCUUGAACAAAGAUGAGAUUGAAAAGGUGGUUCGUGGCGAAACACUCAAUAAAGUAAGGGUAGUUUCAAAUAAAAUCAUCAAGGGACCUACAACCAGGCAGGAAUUUGAUAUCGCUUCGGAUUCUCCUCAACCACUCAACAAAAAUAUUUGA